UUUAUAAACUUCAAAAAUAAACCACGCUCAUAAUCAUGUGACAGUAUUUACCUUAUAUAACUAUUGUUUGUUUCCGAGUACUAUCAAGUGUACAUUCAUUGUCAUGAGCAGUAAACCAUACCGGAAGCUUGGAACUGAUAAUUCGCCUAAAUCCUGCGGUUCGUGUUGCAAGAAAAUACCAUUGUGUUGUAAAAUAACAAUGGUCGUAUUAACAGUCGUAGUUUUAGCCGGUCUUGGACUUUUUGUUGGAUUUGCUGCUUCAAACCCAUUACAUGCUUCAUGCAGAGUUAAUUGGAUGUUUCCCUCCAUGGCGUGUAGUAAUGUAAAAACAAAACUGAAAAACCAAAUAACACUAUGGAAUGGGCCAGACAACUGUAAGAACGGAGGCGAGAAAUGUCUAUACAAAUUCGUCAGUGAAUCUACCAAUACACUAAAAGCCAUACAUGAAACUCCGAGCAAACAUUACAAAGAUGACCUGACAUUUACCUUUAGUGAUGCAGGGACGAAUUGUAAAACUGAGGGCUACUCUACGUCAGAAACUUGGUAUGCAGUUCUGGACUAUGGAACAAACUAUUGUAACCUACACAACUUAAUCACAGGUUCAGGAUUAAGUAACAUCACAGGUUAUGCAGAAUCGACCAGUAACUCACAGUGUACUCAGUACUCCAGUGCUGAUUGUAUGAAAUACUGAGUGAACUACACAUCAGGAGUACUAUCUGUGAUCACAUUUUAAUGCUCAAUACUCAAUAAUUUUCCUAAAAAUUUAACCUUAACGACCAUGUUUUUUUAAAAAUUAUUUCUUAACAAUGAUUAGCUUAUCUGUCUACAUUCCAUGUUCUAUGUGUACUAUAAUAAACAACUCUAAGUUGAUCUCUUCUAGAAUCUCGGACUGUUUUUAAUAUGCAAAUUCUCUUCUUCUGUUUGUAAUUGUUGUUUAAUACAUGUAUGUGGUUCAUAGUCGUAAGGAUUCAAUUAUAUUUGAACUGAAGUUGCAAGCGAAGACACAACACAACUGUGUAAAAUGAUCUUUAUAUAGUAGGGAGAUGCACCACAGUGUUAGCUCUCGCGAGAACUUGGUGUCAACUACAUUAUAACAUUGUAAACGAGUUCGAGAUAUGCAACACAAUUUCUGUAUUAUACUUAACUGUAAAUAUUUGAAUUCUUCAAUUAUUUGUUAUCAAUAUCGAUAAUUUUAUAUACAAAGUCAUACAUUUUAAGUUCAGUUUGUUAAAAUUUCUCAUAUUUUGUAUUUCAAUUCAUUUUUGUUAUCACUUUU